CACCAAUUACUCUGCCGCUUCUUAAUCGCAUAAACACAAGCUGCAAAAGUUGAAAACAAUGCAGUAUCAGUGUUUCUUUAAAACACUUUAAAGAAAGGAAACGAGACACUAAUCGUGUUUGAACUUUUAUGGCUGAACGUUGAAGGAGCGUAGAGACUUGAUUUGGAGCAAAAUUUAUGGCUGAACGUUGAAUUGAAGGAGAGGCGUUAUUGCCGAUUUGAAUAGGCUACUUCAAAACAAAACAAAAAUGGCUGCCAAUAAUAGCAUUAAUAUUCCACCAUUGUCAUCAUCAACCUCCGACCAAACUCAGCUAGUGCGUGAAGAUGAAGCUAUUACCCGUCGCUCUGCAAAUUUUCAUCCAAGCAUCUGGGGAAACUUUUUCCUCUCAUAUGCUUCUCCACAAAAGGAAGAUGGAGGAGAUACACAAGAAGUGAAAGAGCAUCAACAGCUCAAGGAAGCAGUGAAAACCAUGUUUUUAGAAACUCAUCAUCCUCAAAAGUUGGAGUUGAUGAUAAACAACAUCCAGCGGUUAGGAGUGGGUUACCGUUUCGAGAAGGAGAUCGAAGCAACACUGGAACGCAUAUAUGAGGUCUACGAUGAUCUCAACGCCAAAGACGUGAUGGAGAAUAAUGAUCUUUAUGCGGUUUCUCUACGCUUUCGCCUUCUUAGACAACAAGGGUAUUUUGUGUCUAGUAAGCGGCCCAAGCACAAUUGUGAGGAAGGACACAACGGCGUAGACUGCAAACACGCACAACGCAUUGGCCCGCCCAUAUGGCUUGUGGAGGGCAUGCCAGAGGAUUUCAUUACUAAAGAGGCAUUUGAUUGGUUGACUGGGGAUCCUUUGAUUGUCCGAGCUUCUACAAUCAUCUGUAGAUUAAGAGACGACAUUGUUGGACACAAGUUUGAGCAGGAAAGAGGGCAUGUGGAUUCAGCAGUGGAGAGCUACAUGAAGCAAUACGGGAAGACAGAAGAAGAGACAGUGAAAGAUCAGCUAAAAGAAAAGGUGAGUGAUGCGUGGAAAGACAUUAGCAAGGAAUGUCUUAAGCCAUUUGCUGUGUUCCCAAUGCCCAUACUCAUCCGAGUUGUGAAUCUUGCGAGAGUCAUUGAAAUGCUUUACGAUGAUGAUGGAGAUAAAUAUACCCAUUCCUCAGAGCUUAAGGCCAUUAUCACCUCUGUCUUAGUUGAUCCCAUUCUCUGAUUCUUUUUUUCCCAAAAUUUAGUAAUAAUCCAAGUUAUCCUUC